CGGAGCCGCCGGCAGCGGCUCCGCCGCUGCUGCCGCCCCCGCCGCCUCCGGCGGCGGCGGUGGCGGCGCAGUGAGUGUGUCUGGCCCCCCCUCGCAGCGGCAGCGCAACCCCGGCUCGCUUCCUCCCCCUGAGCCCAACACGCUGCGGUUGCACCUGAACCCCAUCGGCACCGGCAUCUACCCCAGCCGCAUCAUGCUGACCAGCGUGUUGGACGUGCGGGUGGUGGACCUGGAGCUCACCGCACAGACCAUGACGCAGAGCUUCGUGUUGGAGUUCAGCACGUGUGCACGGCAGGCGAUCACGCAGGACAUCCCGCUGGUGAACACGGGUGACACCCAGAUGACGGUGUCCGCCACCACCAGCGGGCCCCCCUGGUCGGGCCCGAGGGAGGUGCUGGUGCCGGCGGGGGCGACGGUGGCCUACCCGCUGCAGUUCAGGCCGCUCAUGCCGGGCGACGUGAAGGGCCAGCUGGAGCUGUCCAUCAGCGCCACCGGGGAGCGCAACUGCUACACGCUGGUGGGGCGGGCGGCGGAGCCAACUGCGGAGGGACAGAUCGUCAUAGAGUGCCAGGCCCGCAAGCCCGCCUCCAAGCAGUUCAAUGUGCCCAACAUAGUGGGCUCGGCCACCGAGUACAAGGUCCUGUGCGACCUGGACUUCAUGGUCGGCGCCCCCGCGCUCAAGCUGCCCCCCGGCAUGGCUGCGCAGUACAAGAUCACCGCCUGUCCGCAGCGCAGCGGCACCUACAACGGCAUCAUCACAUUCACCACCGCGGAUGGGCAGUACGUGUGGUAUACCCUGGAGGUGCGCGCCUCCGAGCCCCCCGAGGUCGGCACCAUCGACGUACGGGCAACCGUACGAACUGCCGUAGCGGUUUCCGUACCCAUCGCCAACCCGCUGCGCAAGGACAUGCUCCUGGCGGUGCGCUACAGCGACGUGGCGUUGUGCGGCCCCGCGACGUUUGCUCUUCCGAGCACCCAGGAACCCGUCAGCUUUGAGUUUUACUACGCGCCGCUGGUGCCGGGGAGUGGGACGGGGAGUGUGGUGCUGGUGAACGAUGAUGUGGGGGAGUUCAGGUACGUGGUCAACAUGGCUGCCGACCCCGCGCCCCCCACCCCCGUGGGCCCCCUGUCCGCGGAGCUGGGUCGCAGCCGGGUGGAGGUGCUGCGGAUUGACAACCCGCUGGGGCUGCCGGUGCUGCUGGCAGCUAGCAGCAGCAACCCGCGGCACUUCGCCGUGGCACCCGCAAUGUCCUCCCUGCCCCCGUACGGGCGGGCGGAGCUGACAGUGGAGUACACCCCUUCCACUCUGGACCACGAGGAGGAGGCGAGCGUGGUGGUGGACGGGGACGUGGUGGGGUGCUGGGAGUUCAGGGUCAGCGGUCGUGGCGAGUUGCCCACCAUCAUGGAGCCCACCACCCUGUCCACCACACUGGGCUCGCAGGGCCAAACCGUCAUCACCUGGCGCAACCCCUUCCCCGAGCCCGCCUCCGUCUCCGUACAGCUCAACACCGAGGAACCCCCCGGCGUCUUCGAGCUACUCCGCAUCGGGCCCUUCGCAGGCAGCGGCGCCUCCCAGCACGCCCUCAACCUAGCCGGCCUGGGCGGCGGCGUGCUCAGCAGCCGAAGCGCCAGCCGAGCCAGCAUGGUCGCGGGCGCCAGCAAGGGCAGCCUGCUGGGGUCGCCAGCCACCACCCCGCCAGAACACCAGCAACGUGGCAUGGGGGGCGGCAUGGGGGGCGGCAGCAGCAGCAUGAGCACGAUGACACCCCCCGGCACCGCGGGUAGCAGUACGGGUACGGCAGGGCCACACCGUAGCGGUAGCAGCGUGUUGGGGACGUUGCAGGAGCUGACGGUUCAGCCGUUUGGGACGUUGCAUGUGCCGCUGCGCUUCACGCCUGCGUCGUUGAAAACGAGCGGUGCGGAGGUGUGUGUGGCGGUGGAGGGCAGCAGCUACAGCCUCAACACGCUGGUGUGGACCUACCCGGUGCGGGGGCUGACGGAGGCGAGUCUGAGCGGCAUUGUGUUCAGGUACAAGUGCAAGGCCCGUUCUCGCAUCGAGGAGGUGAUGGAGGUGGUGCUGGGCGGGCUGGCCAAGGUGGGGCCGGAGGACGAGUUCAGCCACGAGGUGGUGCUGCCGCCGGAACACAGGUCAUUCCUGGAGCAGUCCCUCAUCGUGGAGCCCGCCUCCCCGCCGCCCGUGCGCCUGCCCCGCCCCGACGCGCCCCUGCGCUACCGAGUGUGUUUCGCGCCGCACCGCAUGCUGCCACCCACCUCCCUGGAGCUGGUCAUCAACAAGAGCACCGGCGGCAGAUGGAGGUUCGAGAUGCAGCUGCAGGCCACCGAGCCCGACCUGGACGGCACCCUCACCAUCGAGGCCUCCGUGGGCGCCACCUCCCACCUGCCCCUGCGCCUCUACUCCUCCGGACCCGAGCCGCAGCCCUUCACCGCCUCCUUCCCCUCCGACACGCCCAUGGUCUUCAACGUCACGCCCAGCAAGGGCAUGCUCCCGCCGCCGCCCAAACCCGGGGAACCCGAGCCCGAACCCGCACUCACCGUGUCGUACACGUGCCGUGAGUUCGGUAAGGUGGUUAAGGGACGGUUGUACGUUCAAACCUCGGACAUGCACUACAGUUAUGAGCUGCGAGGGCGCAUGCCGGCGUAUGUGCCGCCUCGGCCGUCGCAGUUCGCGCCCAGUGUGGAUAACCGGUUGCCGGAAUUUGUGGAGACGCGUUUGAGUCAGGGUCGGCCGGCGGGGAGGAACUUUGUGAGCGGCAAUGUGCGGGCGGCGGGCAGGGUGUUGGAGACGGGGCGGAAGCGGUAGCGGCGCUAGGAAAGGAGGUUAAAAGCAAACAGACGCUGACGAUGGGG